UUUAAAAUUUGAGAAACAUUAUUAAAAAAGUUUUACACAACAUACCCUUCAAGGAUUUAAAUUUCUAUGAAUAAUGUUACAUAUAAUAAUUAUAAAUAGGUUAAAUGUUUCGCAUUAUUUUAAAAAAUAUAUUUUAAUUUUUUUUAUAUAAAUUAUAUAGAUAUUUUUUUAAAAAAAAUUGUGCAUACUCGCACAAAUUUAAUCCAACGCAAAAAUUGUGUGUUGGAUUUAAAUUCAUUUCUCAAUUUAUAAGGAAUUGAAUUUUUCUAAUCAUAUAAUCCAACGCGAACGUAUACCCUAUAGCUGACUAGCCUGACUCCGAUGCGACGAUCGUCCGGGAUCUGGUCGAGUACGCGCGAGUUCAGAGUUCAGCCGAGACCCAGAUUCUGCUCCGUCUCCUUCUCUUUAUCGACGCAUUCAAAGUUACUCCAUACCUCCACAUCCAAGGUAACAUUCCGCUACCGCAACACUAGGGUUUAAGAAUUUUUACCCAAAGCCUUGACCUCUCAUGGCACUUUCUUCAAUCUCUAAAUUCCUCUCGUUCUCGCUUCUCCUCAAAACCGCAAAAUUCUCAACAGUAAAAUCCUCUGCUGCUUCCUCUGCAGAAAAAUUCUACACUCACAUGCAGAUAAAUGGUACCCAAAACAUAGAGAAAACCCUGGCCACAGUUAAUGCCAAAUUGGACCCCAAAUGCGUCUCCGAGGUCUUACAUAGAUGUCACCCAAACCAAUCCCAAAUGGGUCUUAGGUUUUUCAUUUGGGUUGGCAUUCAACCCAAUUAUAGGCACAGUUCAUUUAUGUACAGCAAAGCUUGUGAAUUGUUCGACCUUAAUCGAAAUCCUCGCGUCGUUGCUGAUGUUAUUGAGGAUUAUAGGGUUCAGGGCUGUGUGGUUGGUGCUAAGGUAUUUAAGGUGGUUUUGAACUUGUAUAGGGAAGCUAGGCUGGCUAAUGAGGCUUUGUGGGUGUUGACAAAAAUGAAGGAUUUUGGUUUGCGGGCUGAUACUACGGUCUACAAUGUGGUUAUAAGGUUGUUUUGUGAAAAGGGUGAUAUGGAUAAGGCAGAAGAGUUGACGAAUGAGAUGGGUUUGAAUGAUCUUUAUCCCGAUAUGAUCACCUGUGUUGCAAUGAUUAGAGGGUUUUGUAGGGUCGGUAGGUCAGAGGAUGCUUGUGGAUUGGUUGAGGUUAUGAGGGGGCGGGGGUGUCUGCCUAAUGCUGUGAUGUAUUCGGCCCUUCUUCAUGGGAUUUGUAGGUGGGGGAGUUUGGAGAAGGCAUUAGAAUUGUUGGGUAAGAUGGAGAAAGUAGGUGGGGAAUGUAGUCCGAAUGUUGUUACAUAUACGUCUGUGAUUCAGAGUUUGUGUGAUAAAAGUCAGACAAUAGAGGCAUUGAAGAUUCUGGACAGGAUGGAAGCUUUUGGGUGUUCUCCAAAUCGCGUUACGGUUAGUAGUUUGAUAAAGGGUCUUUGUGUGGAGGGGCAUGUAGAAGAGGCUUACAAGGUGAUUGAUAAAGUUGUUGCAGGAGGCAGUGUUUCAUAUGGUGAUUGCUAUAGUUCUCUAAUACUGUCGUUGGUAAAACUUAAAAAACUUGAGGAUGCAGAGAAGCUCUUUAGAGAGAUGCUUGCUAGUGGUGUCAAACCUGAUAGUUUGGCAUGUAGCAUUUUGAUAAAGGAGCUUUGUUUGGAAGGACGGAUGCUAGAUGGGUUUCGGUUAUGUGACGAAAUUGAGAAGAUGAAGGUCUUGUCUUCUGUGGAUUCUGAUCUUUAUUCUAUUAUUUUAGUUGGGCUUUGUCAACAAAGCCAUUUGGUGGAGGCCGCAAGGCUUGCACAGUUGAUGCUCAAGAAAGGAAUUAGAUUGAAAGCUUCUUAUACUGAAAGUAUAGUUGAACACCUGAAGCAAUUUGAAGACGAGGAGCUAGUUAAGCACUUGAGUGAGAUUGGAAAAUAACACUGAAUAAACAGUCUUUCGCCUGUCUAAGGGGACCUUAUUUGUUGAUUUGAGCAGGGUGAAAUUUACGUAGUUCUGAAUCUCUAAUUGUGAAGAAAACGAGUCUGUAAUUUUAAAAUUUCCAAUACUGUCUCCUUUCAUCUGGUAAUUAGAUAUGAGACUUGAAAGAAUGCUGGCAGUCAUCAGCCUAUGUUUAAUUGAGUUCAACUAUGCUGUGAUUUAGUUAAAACAAGUACAAGGCCUUUUGCUGUUUUCCAGUUUUGAAACAUUGCAACGGUUAGCUCAGUUGGUUAAUUCUAAUGGUAAGCUUUGUUGUUUAUUGCCUCCAUUCUUACCCCCCACAUGGAUGCAGUAUUUUCCCCCUACAGUUAAUGUGACCCUUAGCUACAGUUUAUAACUUAAGUUUGUUCCCUCUGCUGUUUCUUAUGGGAGUAAAAAAGGCAUGAUAUGUUUACAAGAUCAACUAUAUGACCGAUCAAAAAAACAAGAUCAACUAUAUGGAUUGUAAGGGGAAUCAAAAUAUCUUUUGAACAAAGCUGGAAGAUCUGACAUGAUUUGAAACCCAUCGGAUUACUUUCAAUUCAAACAGUGGCCACAGGUCAGCUGGAGUAUCUACAAGCAAAGAGGAUGAAUACUCUUGUAUUGUUUCAUGCAAUUAUGCUGCAUCUGCAAUUCGUAUAUGUUUGCCCUGUUGAACUAAGACAGGUUUUGAAAAGGAGGUCCCCAGAGUAGGUUCUGAAGGUGCUCAAGUAUUGUGUGAACUUGGGAAUAAAAUGAGAGAUGGGGAAAUUUGAUCCUAUAGACAUGCUUAAUCAAGUACAUGGGGCUGCAGAAGAGUUGCAAAAGAAGGCUGACCAGAAAUUGUUCCUUUUCCGUUCGAGAGCUGGGAAAUUAGAAAUGGACAGGAGCAGGAAGAUUCACAACUCCCAAUACUAUCUGGAAGAAUAAUAAUCAUGUUGACUCAUUUGAAGAAUAAUUGAUAAAGCAAAAUUGAGGGAUCCUGUGGAGCAACCAACAGCAGCAGGGCCUGGUGGGUCUUGUAAGAGAUUCAUAAGUGCCUAAAGCAUUCAAACUCGAUAUGACUUGUAUUGAGCUUAAAUCAUUAAAAAUGGAAGGAAUUAUUACUCUCUGUGCCAUCAUUAGAAAAUGAAAUACAUUGGAGACAUUGUGCUGUUUUUCUUGAAAGAUGAAUAUACUUUGUAGUUGCCAA